CUCUAUUCGCACCAUUUCAUCCAGAAAGAGGGAGACUGCGAGGUGUCUGCAUGUUUGCAGUGCAUAUGACGACUGAAUAGACCUCAAUCCAGAGUCAUCACAGUCCUUUGCUUACUCAAAGGGAAUGCAAAAUGAGUGGUGAGAUGAUGUAAUUUUUUUAAGAAAGAAGAAGACAACAAAAGAAAAGAAAUCAAUAUUUUGGAGGAUCACAUCAAAGCGUCACAAAGAACCUGAACCAACUUGGAGGGAAUCAAUUGGGUGGUUUGUAAAUCAAUCAAUGGCCUUAAGCAUCAGAAUUUCCUUUGGAAAUAGAGUUUCUGUCUGGUAUCUUUGAGUACUCAAAAGAAAUAUCGAAAAUGAGCAUUCCAACUAGCUUCAAGGGAAAUGGGGUUGUUGUUGAGAGACCGGAAAGGAUAAGCAAAACUCCGAUCCAGUUCUCUCACACUGGCGAUGACAAUGCCAAUCAAUUAUCUUCUUUAAGUGAACAAGUAGGAUUAUUGGAGGAAACAGGUUGUCAUACGACUUCACUGCCACCUUUAGUAUCUCAAAGUGAAUCGAAUGACAAGAUGAUAAUCUGGGGAUCUGAACAGCAAUGUUCAGAACCUGGCCUCAGAGAGAUUGAGCUUGUGGACUGUCCAGACAUACAUACAUUCUUGAGAAGUCCCGAUGAGGAUGAUGACGAGGAAAGCACAAGAGAAGGUAAAGACGAGGGACCAAUGUCAAUAUCCUCUAGUUCAACUGCCAGCUCUUCUUCAACUGGGGUGAGAAGGAAUGACAACGACAGCAACAAAGUGAAAAACAGCACUGAGAUUGUCAAACAGGAAUGGAGAAAAAACAACAGUCAUAGUACAGAGCAAGACACGUAUUCAGCGUGUUUUGCCAAAGACGAGAACACCAACGUAGGUAGAGGAGCGCUCAAGCAGUCCAAGUCAGAAACAAAUGUGUUUGUCACCAAUCUGUCCACAACAAAUCUCAGUGGAAGUCUGUCAAGCGCCCUGGAUUCUGGUCGAGAGACUUUUGUCUGUCUGCCCAGCACGAAGACCAACAUUUGUUAUGCCAACAACACUACCUCAGCCCAAGCUCUACGAAGAGCGCCUCCUGUAGAUACCAACCCUCCACCAUUUCAGGGUUAUCAGGAGAAACACGAUCAACGCCAGAAUCAGGAAGAGAGAGGCCAGUGCAGAAACGGAUCUGAUGGAGGUCUCGGCCAACGGAGGAGGACUGGAUUUGAGCAAAGGGUGCUCCCACCCAAGCGGCAACAGCUCGUAAGACCCCUCUGCCAGACAGAGAUGGGAUUAGCUCAAAAUUCAGAUGAACUCAGUGUCCAGAGUGCUGAAGUUGGGCGAUCACCCUCCAAUAUUACCACAACAGUUUCACUGGGUCAUACUCAUAAUGGGUCAAACAAAAAGUUUAUAAAAUCCUCCUUACGUGAACCAUCAGAUUUUUCACAUCUGUACAGCACGUGCGGAGUCGUCCAGUCCAGAACGCCUGACCAGGCAGCCAAAAACGAGGUUUUAGUCAUAGAAAGGCAGCCUGGUUCAAAUAUGACUCCUCCUUUGAAUACCUCCAAACCUUCCACCAUGGAGAGGCGACCCCAGACUCAGUUCACCUACAGACGGAAUUGCUCCAGUCCGAAAAAGUCAUUUACGCCUCCGCACUCCCCUCUCAGGACACCCCAGGGCUCGCCGAGUAGGCAAACCUCCAUGUACCUCAUUUCAAAGGACACACGUAGAGGAGUUCAACACACCUUGUCAGAUGCUAGCCCCAAUCUAAAGACAUUAGCUCAGGGCCAUGACAGCGCGAGCAUUCGAGCACCAGUUAAAACCAACAUAAAUCUGACCGGAAUCCCCAAAGCGCCUCUUAACAACCAACAAAACACCGCCAACUCAAGCCAUAACUCGAGCCCUAGAGAGAGCUCUCCUUCACCGAAACUUAAACCUAAAGGAGCCCGCCCCAAAAUCAUUACUUACGUUCGGAAAAAUCCUCAGUUUAAGCCUCAGGCUGCUGACGGACCUUAUCAGGUAUCUUCUUUACCAGCAAGGUUGUCCACAUACACACACGGUGCAGGUGCAACAACUAAUUCCUUCAAAGACACUCCUAAAGACCCCUUCAAGCCUGAAAAAGAAACCAGAGGGGCACCAGUACUCAGUGCCUCCAACUUGCUUUAUGACAAGUACCACAAAGACAUGCAAACAAACAUCUUCCCGUCGGGAUUGUUGGCCAGAAGUUCCCGGGCUCCGGGACAUUCAAACACUGUCCCUCCUCACAGCUAUACAGCACCCCCAAAGCUGGGCAGUAAAACAAAUGAAUUCUAUGGAGAACAGUCUGAGGUUGGCAGAUCAGCCGGUUCUAAAGAUAAUUCUGCAGACGACCCACUGCAGCUUCGCAUAGCUGCUCAAGCCGGAGGGAGUGGCAGUCUCUUGCGCUCUGGUCGAGGUCUACGCCUCGGUCUAGGAGCGGUGACCAGAACGGCUUCAAAUUCAGUCAAGGGCAAAGGACCUCCUCAAAGUCAGAGAUCAACAAUCAGCCAAGUCAGCCAACAAGCCUGCCCGGCAACCAGACAGAAAAGCCACGAUACCGCAGCUGACGAUGAGGUUUUCACUCCACACGCUCCAGCGUCAGCACAGGACGUGAGCAGCAGGUCCCUGCUUCCCAAAGCGGGCCAGUCAGGCCUCCGCGCCCCUGGCUUCAGCUCCACCCGCGUCCCCGUGGGCCGCCUGGCGGCGUUCGGCUUCAUCAGGAGUUCCAGCGUGUCCUCUGUCUCCUCUGCGCACUCUGCCGACAGCACGCAGAGUGACCCGAGCAGGACCACGCACCGAUUGAGUGUAAGCGAGGAGCCGCCUAUACACAGAGUGAGCAGCGUACUCCCAUCAUCUGAUCAACAGAGAGGUGCUCCAUGUCGCAGCAACAGCCUUCAGCCUCCGUCCACACCGGCUCUGCCGCGACGAUACCUGCCCGCUCAACCGAGAAGCUCCCCUGGGGUCAUCAGAAAGGACUUCCAGCGAGGUUCAGAGUUAACACGCUCCCUGCCUUCCUCCCCGAAGAGGUUGGCCGUUGUGCCACCCAAACCUCAGUCUCCAGUCCAGUCAGGCCAGCGACCUGCAGGAGGACCAGCCCGGGCAUCCGUCACCCCUGGGUCCCCUCGACGCGUGCCCCCCCUGAAGCUGCAGCAAGAAAAAGAGGAUGCUCAGCAGAGAGAAGAAAGAAAGGCAAAGGCGAGAGAGAACGAGGAACAACGUGAGGAGCUGGAGAGGCUGCGUGGACGCUGUAAACAGCAAGAGAAGCAACUGAGAGCCCUAAAAGAAGAACUGAGGAAGACCUCCUUAGGUUUAGAAGCUUUCAUCAUCACCACUCAGCAUUACUGUCUCAAGAAUAAAACCGCUGAAGAAAAGGGAUCUGACUUGUUUGAGGAAAUUCAAACAAUUAAAGAGCAACUGGUGUCCAACUCUGCAAACUGGGAGAGACUGAAGCAGGAAAAGUCUGCAGUGGAAUCUGCAUUUGAACGAGAGCUGCAGGAGCUGCAGGUGCAGCAGGAAGCCGAGCUCGCCGCCGUGGAGGAGAGCUUGCGGAAGUGUCACUUAGCCGAGAUGGAAGAUCUGAAGGCGGAGCAUCAGUCGGAAAUGGAGGAGCUUAGGACUCAGCAGCAGGAGCAGGUGGAUGACAUGACAGCUCACCACCAGGCAGCCAUUCAGGAGCUCAGAGACAUGCAUAACAUCACCAAAGCAACAUUGCAUGAGGAGCACGCCCGAACCAUGAGAGACUUAAGGAAAGCUCACGAACAACAAAAGAUGCUGCUUGAGGAGGAUUUUGAGAAACUGAGGCUUUCUCUUCAGGAUCAAGUAGAUACACUCACAUUUCAAAACCAGGGUCUACGGGACAAAGCCAAGCGCUUUGAAGAAGCUUUGAGGAAGAGCACUGACGAACAGAUUGUUGAUGCCUUAGCUCCAUACCAGCAUAUUGAGAAGGACCUGAAGAGCUUGAAGGAGGUUGUUGAAAUGAAGAACCUGCAAAUACACCAGCAAGAGCAGAAGAUCUCCGACCUGGAAAAAGUGCAGGCCCAAAAGAAUGUGUUCCUUGAGGAGAAGGUCCAGGUCCUGCAGCAACAAAAUGAAGAUCUGAAUGCUCGUAUUGAAAGAAACCUCACCUUAUCCAGGCAAUUGUCAGAAGAGAACGCCAACCUCCAGGAAUCAGUGGAGAAAGAGAGCACAGAGAAAAAGCGACUCAGUCGAAACAACGAAGAGCUCCUAUGGCGGCUCCAGACCAGCCCCCUGAUGUCUCCUUCGUCCUCGCCCCUCCACCGCUCCUUUUCUACCUCCCCCAUCCCGUCAUCCCCGUUGUUCUCAUCGUCACCUGCACCUCCACUGGGAUGCCACACCCCCACUCACUGCCAAGGCUGCCCCCAGCAGCCGCAAACCACCUCUCCCUUCCACACGGCCAAUCAGAAUUACUCCCCUGGGCCGGCCACGCCCACCCACAUGGCAGCAACCAAUCAAUAUUACUCCCUGGGCCCCACGACACCCACUCAUAGGGCAGCAACAAAUCAGAAUUACUCCCCAGGCCCAUGCACACCCACUCAUAGGUCACCAGCCAAUCGAAAUUCGGCAGCUUGUGUCACUUUACAAAGAUAAAAAAGCUCUACAACCCCUUAAUUUUUCUUUCCCUUUUUUGAAAAAUUCAAUCUUUUCAUGAUUACGUUCUCCUGGCCCCUUAUUAAAUGUGAAAUUUAGUAUAAUGUGUCAAGGGUAACAACUCAAAGUGAAAGUUCUGUUUUGAAUCCGACAGCUGAUGCUCUCUGUUGUAUAUAUUAUGUACUAUAGUGACACAAAUAGUGUCAGCAUGAAUGAAGUAACUUACAGUUGGAGUCCCGCAAAGACAGGAAGCAGCACAAAAGAACAAAAUCCUCCUGUGUUCAGAUCACAAAUGUAUUCAAACAAUUAUAAAUACCAAGCACUCUCCCGCUGGGAUGAGCUUGUCAGUUGUGUUUUACCAAACUAAUUCCCCAACAAAGCGCCUUACUCCUGCCAUCUCACCAGCAAAGGUUAGUUAGUUUUAAUCAAUUUUUGAUUGGUUUUAAGGAAUUUCUCAGUCUCACAAAGGAGUUCAAUUGCAUUUGAACCUCUAAUAUUCAACACAGUCCAUUUGAGAAUAGGCCUUGUUCAGACUGGUAGCCAAAAUCUGAUUCUUAGUCCAUCCGGAUUGAAUCUGGAAGUCUUUUGUAGUCUGGAGAAUCUCAAAUCACAGAAAUUUUUGCAAGAUGGAUUAAAACCACAUACGGGAGGUACACUGGGGCAAAUACGUAUUUAGUCAACCACUAAUUGUGCAAGUUCUCCCGCUUGAAAAAAUUAGAGAGGCCUGUAAUUGUCAACAUGGGUAAACCUCAAACAUGAGAGACAGAAUGUGAAAAAAAAAACAACAGAAAAUCACAUUGUUUGAUUUUUAAAGAAUUUAUUUGCAAAUCAUGGUGGAAAAUAAGUAUUUGGUCAAUACCAAAAGUUCAUCUCAAUACUUUGUUAUGUACCCUCUGUUGGCAAUAACGGAGACCAAACGUUUUCUGUAACUCUUCACAAGCUUUUCACACAUUGUUGCUGGUAUUUUGGCCCAUUCCUCCAUGUAGAUCUCCUCUGGAGCAGUGAUGUUUUGGGGCUGUCGUUGGGCAACAUGGACUUUCAACUCCCUCCACAGAUUUUCUGUGGGGUUGAAGAUCUGGAGACCGACUAGGCCACUCCAGGACCUUGAAAUGCUUCUUACGAAGCCACUCCUUUGUUGCCCUGGCUGUGUGUUUGGGAUCAUUGUCAUGCUGAAAGUCAAUGCCCUUGCUGAUGGAAGGAGAUUUUCACUCAAAAUCUCUCGAUACAAGGCCCCAUUCAUACUUUCCUUUACACAGAUCAGUCGUCCUGCUCCCUUUGCAGAAAAACAGCCCCAAGGCAUGAUGUUUCCACCCCCAUGCUUCACAGUGGGUAUGGUGUUCUUCGGAUGGAGUUCAGUAUUCUUUCUCCUCCAAAUACGAGAACCUGUGUUUCCUCUUCUGGAUCAUCCAAAUGCUCUCUGGCGAACCGCAGACGAGCCUGGACGUGUACUGGCUUCAGCAGGGGGACACAUCUGUCAAUGCAGGAUUUGAGUCCCUGGCAGCGCAUUGUGUUACUGAUAGUAGCCUUUGUUACUGUGGUCCCAGCUCUCUGUAGGUCAUUCACUAGGUCCCUCCGUGUGGUUCUGGGAUUUUUGCUCACCAUUCUUGUUAUCAUUUUGACGCCACGGGGUGAGAUCUUGCAUGGAGUCCCAGAUCGAGGGAGGUUAUCAGUGGUCUUGUAUUUCUCCCAUUUUCUAAUAAUUGUUCCCACAGUUGAUUUCUUUACACCAAGCGUUUUACCUAUUGCAGAUUCAGUCUUCCCAGCCUGGUGCAGGUCUACAAUUUUGUUUCUGGUGUCGUUCGACAGCUCUUUGGUCCAUUGUGGAGUUUGGAGUGUGACUGACUGAGUUUGUGGACAGGUGUCUUUUUUACCGAUAAUGAGUUAAAACAGGUGCAUUUAGUACAGGUAACGAGUGGAGCCUCGUUAGAAGAAGUUAGACCUCUUUGACAGCCAGAAAUCUUGUUUUUAGGUGACCAAAUACUUAUUUUCCACUCUAAUUUUGAAAUUAAUUCUUUAAAAAUCAAACAAUGUGAUUUUCUGGGUUUUUUCCCCUACAUUCUGUCUUUCAUGGUUGAGGUUUAACC